AUGUCUUCGCUUGAGAAUAGCUCUGAGCGCCCUGACGCUGAUGGAUCAGGUCAUGUCAUCAUUGAGACACAUCGAGGCAGUUUCGACCGCUUGGGAGAUGAUUUCCCCCAAAAUCACGGAUCAUUCACAGAAGAGUUGGAUGCCAUCGAUGAAUUUCAGGUCCCGUCUCCAUCGCCGUUCUUCCAAGACAAGCAUGAUGGUUCCGAGGUUGUGAGUACCAAUUCCCGAGCCAGAGAAGCCAUAUGGUACGAGCCAGUUGCUGACGCGCCAUCAGAAUGCCAAGACGACCCUGUGCAUGAGCCCGCACCUAAAGCCCGCAAGACUAUGGCCACGCAGUGCAAUGAAUCCAGUCAGUUGCCUCUGCCUGUUUCGCAAGCAUUGUACGAAGAGAAGCGCAAGCCUAUCAUGAAGUUUCCGUGGGAGCAGGGAUUCGGAGCCGCGGUGUUUGAAGGUCCUCGCCACAAUCUCCAGUAUCCCUUCACAUUGUCUUUUCUUGGACGCGCAGAGUCAACUGCAGAUCUUAUUGCUCACCGUGAUGGUUCAGCUGGGGCUUUCGAAUGGGUUGUGCAAAAUCAGCAGAGGGCCAAGCGUCUUUAUGCCACCAGGAUGGCCAAGUCAGACGAUCAGUUGCGUCUUGCUGCCUUGACUAGAUUGCGCAACAUCAUCCUCUUCGAACCGAGCGACUCCAAGCUAGGUCGUUCCCUACUGGAGGCUAGCGGGUGCAUCAUCCCGGCACCAAAGCUUGCAUCUAUCUUAUCUGACGUAUAUGCAAGCAAAGCAACGGCUACCUUGUGCAAGCGCUCAUGUGACUUCAUGCGCUUCUCUGUCUGGCAGGUGCAAUCCAACGGGGGUCGCCCGUUAGCCCCCACUGAGCAGCAUCUGUAUGACUAUAUUUGUCAUCUUCGUGAUCAAAAGGCCGCGCCUACUGCUGCAGGGGCCUUUGUGUCGUCUUGGAGGUUUAUGCACUUCACCGCUGUGACCAACAGCACUGAUUGCAUUUCUCCUCGUGUCGAAGGAGGUGCUCACAACUGCUACAUGGAGAAACGGCCCUUGCAGCAAGCCCCAGCACUGAAAGUUUGGCUAGUAAAAUCCCUCGAGAAGGCAGUCUUCGAUGGAUCAGUGAUCCAUUCUAUCAUCGCUGGGUUCUGUCUUUUUUGCCUCUUUUCUUGUGCUCGAUGGAGCGACGCCGCCAAGGCCCGAAGCUUGUCCAUUGAUGUUUCGGGCUCUGUGUUCUUGAUCGAGGCUCUGAUGCUUGGGCACAAAACCGCAAAGAAACAGGCUGAUCGGCGCACAUUGAUGCCUCUGAUUGCUCUAGGGCAUACCUUCAGUAGUCAGCCAUGGGCUGAAGCGUGGCUGAAGUCACGCCGGAUCGCUGGUCUCGAGGACGAGCACUUGUUGAUGCCAGCUUGCGAUGAGAUGGCUGAAUGCUUUCUUGAGAGGCAUAUGACGGCAGCUGAGGGUGGCGCCUGGUUACAGGAAAUUUUAGCCUCUAGACAUCCUGACUUCAAGGACAUCAAACUUUACACGACGCAUAGCCUCAAGGCCACGCCCUUGUCGUGGGCUACCAAGUCGAAUCACUUCACCGAUGCCGAAAAACGUGUGCUCGGUCAUCAUGUGGGGCCUGGUGAGGCAAUGCCUGUCACCUACGGCCGCGAUGUGAUGGCACCCGUGCUCGGCAAGUUGCAACACCUCGUCCACCAAAUCCGCCAGGGUGACUUCGACCCUGAUGCCAGUCGUGCCAGCCGUGUGGCGCAAAUUGCCGCGGACCUGACGCGCGAGGAUGCCGCCAAAGCACUUCAACGCUUUGACGAGUCCGAGGUUUCUGACGUUGACCUCGAAGAUCACGAUGAUCUCCAACACCAAUCCUGCCUGGUGCCAGCUUCUACUGACGGGCUGAAGGAACCAGAGGUCGGGAAAUAUGUCCAGCAUUGUAUUUCAUCUAUUGUACAUGCUGUUUCUGCGAACCCCGCUACUCUCAAGUGCGGGAGACCACUCAGUCAAAACUACUAUGCCAUUUCUUAUGACCCCCUUGAGCCGCGUGACUUCAUCCUGUGCGAACAGUGCCGGGGCACGCGAAGCCUGGGAGAGUCGGUAUGA